ACUUGUAGUGAAAAUCUCUUGAUGAAUUUGUGUAUUUAUUGCACUUGAAGGGUAUACUUUUUCUCAGUGCACGUUUACUCCAGCCAAGCAAAUCGGCUGUGGUGGAUGAGAAGUCUUUUGGUGACACCGCCUGGGAAAUUGAUUCAAAUGCUCAUCGACUACGCAGCCGAACGGAUCUCCCAGCGGAAAAAUGAAGCUAUUGUAUCUGACAUGUGCCAUCCUGGCCAGCUGCGCCGUCAUUUGGGCCGCCAGUGGUGAGGAGGAAUCGGAGCAGGAGGAAGGGUCGGAGGAGCUUGCCAAGCAGCACGGAUCAAGGUCACAUCCUGGACAGGGAUUCAAGCUGAUAUCCUUCGAUGCAGUGGGCAAACACAUAGCCUUGGGUCUGGACUACCUAGUGCCCUUUCUGGAGGUGCCUGUCAAGCGGAAGCGGAAUGCUCCACCUAAGCCUUUAGUUGUAGUGAACUCCGCUGCUGUGGUGAGCUGUGGCCUCGUGGUGGCCGGUGGACUCCUUGCGGGUCACCUCAUCCGGAGCUUGGGACUGGAGGCCAUCACAGGAGAUGAUCAACGUUCUGUUCUCGGGAACUCUUCCACACAUAAGCCAAAGUCUGCGGAGGAAGAGGGAUCUACAUCGUCAUCCACACCAGCACCUACUUCUGCAAAUGCCACGGCAAGGGCACUUCUCGAUGAUAACCUAAGUUUUCCCGGAAUCCUUGACAACUUCAAGCUGAUUUACCGCAAUGAAACUGGCGAUCGAGUGGCCACCACUAUUCCCAACAUUCUGGGCAUGAUUGAGCGGACCUUUCUCAAGAACGACGUGGAUCUGACCACCUGUCUGCUGAAAUCCAUUUGUACUUUGACCCACAAGGCAGGGGAAAGGGUUAUCAAGGGUCAGGCUUCGGACUUCGAGCAUCUGCUGGAUGGCGCCACCAAGUGGUCCUGGCUGCUGGCCUGGUUGGAUCAGUCUGCUUUUCGAGACGCCAUCGAAGCAGGAAAGGCGAACUUGCCCCACCACUGCGCCAUCAAAUAUCCGGAAUGCAAGUGGGUGGCUCCUGAGGAGCAAAUCAUGGAGUUGUUGCAUAACAAUGUGCAGUUCAAAUAGCACAUUAUUUUGUUCAUUGUACCAAGUAACU